AUGCAGCUGCCGAUUGAAGACAGUCCCAACGAGAAACCUCGAGUCCCUGGCAUUCCUUCCCUCUAUUUUCCCAUCCCGAGAAGCCCUGGCCCUAAGGUAAACGAACCUACUCAGCGAACCUCCAUCCGCUGGGACAAGAAUCUUCCUCUUCCCGACAGGAAAAGCCCUACCUCACCUGCCAGCAACAUCCCGUCAAGCCCUGAAUCACCGGAGCCUAUUCCGCAAAAGAACCGCGAUUUCAGCUACGGCAGCGACUUCGUGCUUACUCGAGAUCACGAUCGCUACUUCCUGGCAGGACAGACUGAGAAGCAAAAUUUUCAGGAGGAGGCGAAUUCCACUACAAGCAACACGCAACAGAGAGGCAGCUCGCUGCACACCGACUCCGAAAUGGCUUACUCUGACUACUCCCGUGGCCCUUCGGCUUUCGGUCGUCCCACCGCGCCUAUCACGCGCGUGUUCAACGAGGAAGUCGAUCGUGCUCAGCUCACCCAGAAUGCCUUGCAGUCAAUCCCCAAUGGAGAACAUCACACCGGACGGGAGUCCAGCAACAGCCGGUCUUCCUGGGAUGUUAGCGCUGACGACGAGUCUUCGAACGAUGGAAGUGUUUGUUCACGCGUUGCGCCGUUCACACCCAGUCCCAUCGUCGAGCAAUGGAUCCAAGAUCUCCCUACAGGUAUCAUAUUUUCACUGUCAGACUGCGCUCGCGACGACUGGGAGUACGAGUUUGGUAUCGAUCCCGAGACCGGAGAUGUGAUGGAAGAAGUCAAGCAGCCCAACACAAUGAUCGACUGCGACGAGGAGGGCAAGAUGUCUCAGAACUGGAUCCAUCGCCGUCGAGGAAUGACCAGCAAUGUACUGGUAUACAAAGAGAUUGACGUUCGUGCCAAGAUCAUGAAGCGACAGGAACAGGAGCGCAUCAAGAACCGAGCCAGAAAGACGGUCAAGCAGAUUCAAGACCAAGCCGUUGGCCGAUUGCCCCAGCCCAAGGAGGCAGAGAAGCACAAGGUGCAGCCUCUUACCGACUACACUCUCCGUCCCGCCUCACCGAGUGACGCCAAUGGCUGCGCCAAGACCUACAACCUCUCCGUCACGGCCCAGGAGCCUCUUGCCGACUCGACCAACGUCUCGACGCAGCAUUUCGAGUCCAUUCUGAGAGAGUGCUUUCAGGAGAAGCUGCCCUUCGUCGUCGCAACUCAGACGAGCGUCGACCUCCGCGAUCCCAAGAACUGGCCCUCCCGUGCUGCCCAUCGCCAGUAUAUGCAGCAGUUCCAACAUCUGCUGGAAAGCCAGCCCAAGAAUGAUAAUGCGACCAUCUGCGGAUUUGGGUUCCUUGCUCCGUAUGAGAAGGGUAUUAGCUUGACCACGGGCGCCGCUGCAGACACCGCGAAGGUGGUUGUUUUCGUUCACCCUGAUCAUCGCCGCAACGGUGUUGGCAGCGCCUUGCUCCACCGACUGCUUUCUCAGACAUCUUUGAUGUUUCACGGUCAUGCUCAGUACGAGUGGCGUGACCCCGACGCUGUCGAUGAUGGAUUCCAUCGGCCCGACUUCAAGCCUAUUCACCGCAUUGUCAUGCAUGCUAUGGUCCAAGGCAAGGACGACAAGCAUCAGUGGAUGAGCAAAUUCAUGAAGUCGUUCCAGUUUGAACCCUCUGGAAUACUCAACCAGGUCUACAAGGUCGAGAAGCCGAAUGGUAUCGACUGGUACGAUCAAGCUGUCUGGGUACACUGGGCUAAGAACGCCGGCAACGGACGCACAUUCUACGCCGAAUCUGAGUGCUCUUAUGACUACCCUGGCAAGCCUCACUCGCCCGUCAAGGUUGCGGACUCCUGCCCGCGAGUCGAGUUCCCCAACGGCCCCGACUACGAGAGUGAUGAUACAUACUAG